AAUAUCUAUACAAAUAUUUGUUUAGGACUAACGUCAUUUUUGUAAGUGGAAACUGAAGUACAACAGAUCAUUCAACUAAAGUAAUGUAAGAGUAAAUGUACGUUACUCAUAAACUCUACAGGAAUUAAUUUCAGAAUUUAUAUAAAUCAUAUUAAGAUGGCUGAGGGAGGUGGAGAGGGCUAUGAAACACUCGAAGGAAUUGGUGGAGACAUAGAGGUGUGGGAUAAACGCACAUUAAAAGAAAAACUUUUGGAUGCAAAUCAAGGUGGGGUACACAAAGGCAAACGAUAUAUCUAUCCACUCUGGAAGACCUUGCUAAAUAAAUGGUUCAGUUAUAAAAACUCAAAAGUUUACAUUGUUACUCCCUUCCUAGACGAACAACGCAUGCAAGACGUCUGCAGAAUAAUCUUGCAUAACGAAGCAGAUGAACAACUUACUAACUUCUAUGUUAGAGAAAAGUGCAACUUUAGUAAGUCAAUAUCAGAAUUACAAGAGACUGUUUCAGGAGAAAUAGAGUUGGAUGAUAAACGUCAAAAAACGCAAAAAAGGCUAAAGAAAAUCUUUGAGAGGAUCACUGAUCCGGGGAAAACAUUCCAUGCAAAAUUUAUGUGUUGCGUCCGUGGUUCUAAAGCUGACGUUUUUAUCACAAGUGCGAAUUUCCAUGGGUCCCACUUCGACUGCAAUAAUUUGGACACUGUGCAGUACCUAACGAUGACAAAAAAGAUUUUUGAGGAAAGAUUUUUACAACCAUUGACUAGUUGAUAUGUCUUAGAACAUUUACACGUAUUAUACUAUACCUAUUUCAAUCUUUAUGUAUUCACAGUCUUUUAGCUGUAGCCUGAACCAAAUUUUACUGACAUAAUUCUGUAAAAGUGGAAGAGUAUAUCAACAUAUCAGAUAUCAAAAAGUGAACUACUGCAAAUCGUUUAGUUCUCAAUCUGACUAAAGUACUUGAUCUUCUAAACGAAGAUCUGAGAACGACCCAUUCACAUUCGUCUUCUGUACAUUUUGGAUUUCCAGUAUUGCUAUUUUUAUUUUAUCCAAUCAGACGACAUGUUCGAAUGUCAAAGAAUAAGAAAAAUGUGCAGUUAUUCCAGGGCUCGAACCCAGGACCCCUCGCUUACAAAGCAAGUGGCCUACCAACUGAGCUAACCGGCUAUCUGAUACAUUAUGAUAUAAGAAUUGUAAAUAUCAAAAGUCAAGGCUAGAGGUAGUUUUGCAAGAUGUUGUAAGUUAGGCUCUGAUUGGCUAGCGAAAGGGUCGUCAGAACGAGGCAAUGAAUAGGUCGUUCUCAGAUCCUAUGCGUAGCGUAAUAGGAUAUGUACUUUAGUCAGAUUGUUUAGUUCUAGUAUUUGUUGAUGAAUUAAUUUAAAUCAAAAGGACUGAACAUAGAACAAUUUUACUAAAGUAAAAAUAUUCCUCAAAAGCAAAAUCUUAUUACUUGAUUACCAAGGCUGAUCAUGGCAAAAACAUUUAAAACUGAUACCAUGUUCAUAGAAUUGUGUGAUAAUGAUUUUAUAGUCAAGUAAUAUUUUACAACUGUUGGCAGAACUUUAGGUCCAACAAUUUUAUUUUGUUAUAUUUAUAUUAUUCUUUCUUUAUACAUGUAUAUUUUGUAUCUUGCCAAAAUAGGUAAUGUAAUAGAAAAUGA